UUGUUCGCUCUGAUCGAGUUGCACUUAACCCAGGACCCCGAGCCAUGUGUACGUCAGGCCGCAGCAAAUCUUGCCCGGGCGCUAUUGCGUCCCCCGGAGGACACGGAACAGUCGAAUUUGUCACCAUGGCUCGCGCCCGAUCUGUUGCGCGAUUUGAAUCGAUUACUGUCCAGCCGAGUUCGAAUCGAACGAGAUCUACAUGUGCGGGAACAGAUCGAAGCUGCUCUGGGCCAGUUAGACCAGUGUGUACGAUCCAGUUUGUUCCGGCCGAUGGACACUCCACAAUCUCUGGUGAAAGAAAUUCGAGUGAUUCGACCAUUUUUAGACUGA